CAAGAAGAGGGCGCUAAUGGCGCCAAUAUGACAAACAAGCGCCUAAGAAUCGUACAGAAGAAGUUGAUUAACCCGGAAGUAGGCGAGACCUUAAUUGUUCUGUAGAUGAAGCUAGCCGCUAGCCUCUUGGUGCUGCAGGCUCUGUUUCUGUCUCUAGCUAGCUGAUCAACAUGGUCCAACUGGUGGGUUCCCUCCGAAAAGAACUGUCUGACUCCCUUUCCACCUGCAAGGUGCUAGUGGUGGGAGCGGGGGGGAUCGGCUGCGAGUUGCUGAAGAACCUCGUCCUCACCGGCUUCAAAAACAUCGAAGUGAUUGACUUGGACACAAUUGAUGUCAGCAACCUCAAUCGCCAGUUCCUUUUUCAGAAGAAGCAUGUUGGCAAGUCUAAAGCACAGGUGGCCAAGGAGAGCGCCUUGCAGUUUUGUCCCACUGCAAAUAUCACUGCCUACCAUGACAGCAUCAUGAACCCUGACUACAACGUGGAGUUCUUCAGAAACUUCAUGCUAGUGAUGAAUGCUCUGGAUAACCGAGUGGCCCGUAACCAUGUGAACAGGAUGUGCUUGGCAGCAGACAUCCCUUUGAUAGAGAGUGGCACUGCUGGAUACCUGGGACAAGUCACAGUCAUCAAGAAGGGAAUGACGGAGUGCUACGAAUGCCAACCUAAGCCCACCCAGAAGACCUUCCCAGGAUGCACCAUCAGAAACACACCGUCUGAGCCCAUUCACUGCAUCGUCUGGGCCAAGUAUCUCUUCAACCAGCUAUUUGGAGAAGAGGAUGCAGAUCAAGAGGUGUCCCCUGACACAGCGGACCCAGAGGCUUCAUGGAAUCCAGAAGACACGGCAGCUCGCGCCACAGCCUCAGAAAAGGAUGGGGACAUCAAGCGAGUCUCCACCAAGGAAUGGGCUCGCUCCACGGGAUACGACCCUGUCAAACUCUUCAACAAGCUUUUCAAAGAUGACAUCAUGUACCUGCUGACCAUGGACAAGUUGUGGAAGAAGAGGAAAGCUCCUUUACCUCUGGACUGGCAGCAGCUAGAGAACAGCGCAUAUCCUAAGGAGGAGUCUGUGGGUUCAGGCUUGAAGGACCAGCAGGUUCUGGGUGUUUGGGCUCUCUGUCAGCUGUUCCAGCACAGCGUGGAGACUCUCCGCUCACAGCUGCAGGAGAAGGGAGAAGGAGCCGAGCUGGUGUGGGACAAGGAUGACCCUCCAGCCAUGGACUUUGUUACUGCAGCAGCCAAUCUACGUAUGCACAUCUUUAGCAUGAACAUGAGGAGUCCCUUUGAUGUAAAGUCCAUGGCGGGUAACAUUAUUCCAGCUAUUGCUACAACCAACGCUGUCAUCGCUGGACUCAUUGUUCUGGAGGGGUUGAAGAUCCUGUCUGGAGAACUGGAAUCCUGUCGCACGAUCUUCCUGAACAAGUGUCCCAACCUUAGGAAGAAGCUGCUGGUCCCAUGUGUCCUGGAUCCGCCCAGCGUCAACUGCUACGUCUGCGCCAGCAAACCCGAAGUCACCGUUAAACUCCACGUCCACAAAACCACGGUUCUCUCUCUACAGGACAGGAUACUGAAGGAGAGGUUUGGCAUGGUGGCUCCAGAUGUUCAGAUAGAGGAUGGAAAAGGGACCAUCCUCAUCUCCUCAGAGGAAGGAGAGACGGAAACCAACAACAGCAAAUUCCUUGCUGAUUUUGGGAUCCGUAACGGCAGCCGUCUCCAAGUUGAUGACUUCCUCCAAGAUUACACACUCCUCGUUAAUGUCCUGCAUACUGAGGAACUAGAGCGGGAUGUAGAGUUUGAGGUAGUAGGCGAGGCCCCAGACAAAGCUCCGCCCCCUCAGACUAACCAGGAAGAUGUUAACAGCAUCACCAAUGGCAACAAGGACUCCGCUCAGCCAUCCACCUCUUCUAAAGCUCCAGCACAAGAUGAUGACGUCAUGAUCGUCGACUCUGACGAGGAAGAAGGGGCGGCGUCUAGCUCCGCAGCAGCGACCAGCGGCACCAAGAGGAAGCACUCGGACGCAGAAACUGGCGAGACCUCCACCAAGCGCCCGCGGACGGUCCAAUCAAGUGAAGCAGCCGAUGACGAUGAUGACAUCAUCGCUCUGGACUAACCCCUCCUCCCUCGUCUGCUGAAGGACUGAGAACUCUUUUGAACGCUUUUCAUUUUGACUCAAGACUGACAGUAGGUUUGAAUAAAACACCUCUUUUUAUGAAGAACAUUUUGACUGCCCUGGUUCGUCUUUCCUCACUUCCUCCCCCCUCUCUGUGUUUGUGCUUUCAUACUCCCUCUGCUCUCACAUGAUGCUGUAAAUAGAUUCUACGUUUUGAAAAAUACAUACAACUUAUUUUGUUGUUAUUCAGUUCUGGUCCUUAUAAAAUGCUUCUCUUCAUAGUUAUAAAAAAAAAAAAUGCUUCUUUUUUUUUUUUGUAUUUUUUAUAAACGUACUGUAUUUCUCAUGCUAUACAAGUCAGGGUGUUUUUGUGCUUUGUCGGUAACAAAAGAUUUAAAAACCAAAACAUUUUCUUGUAAUAUUGAUCUCAGUCAUUGUGAAGGGACGGUAACCGACAGACAGAAGUCUGCAGCCUGUGGUACUCUUACCAGCGUGUCUGUUGGUAGAUGCUGUUGAUGUCUGUGAUCGGGUUGGUAAAGCACAGAGGCACUGAUGGAGAGUUUGGCCACAUUGUGCCAUUGGGGUGUUAAUUUGCUACCUCUUUUCUAGACCUAAAAUUUUUUUGGCUGCAAAUUUGUGCCCAUGCUCUCCAUAACACCGCCACGAUGAGGCAUCCAGCUCUUAGAGAAUGAAAAAAGUUUCAGAGCAGCACAGUGGCGCUAAUAUGGCUCCCUGUGAAACUGCAAUAACUGCACUGUAUCCUAAAGGCUCUGGCUAAGCACAAGUGGCUUAGAUCCAGGCUAGUAGUAGUUUAAUGUUAACAUGUCACAGUUGCUUUUUAUUAGUAUGACUUGGUUCUGUUAGAGCAAGAAAAUUCAAGGUAAGAGAGAACUUAGAACCAGAGAUGGAGUAGUGCUUUGACCAGAACCAGUCAUUCCUUUUCAUACUGCAGAUGAUAGCAGUGGAGUCCUGCACUGAAAUAACAUAACGUCUUGCACAAAGUGUAGCAGUUGAGCUCCUGCUGUCUUCUCCAGUCUAACUCUCGUCUCAGUGUCCAUUAUUUCAUUGUGAUGAUAAUGUUGUUGAACAGUUAUGAGAGCCCUUUGGACCAAUUUGGUGAAGACAAUAAACUCAACAAAUGCAGA